AAACCGUCUCUGCUUUAACCCUUAACCAAUAUAAUAUUUACGCCCCUUACAAAUUCAGAUCACCAUUCUGUUUAGUGCGUUUAGACCAGGUGCGAUAUUAUAAAUUGUUAAGGUAGGAUUUAGUCUGGUUGUGCCAAUGUUAAAGGAGGUGGAGUGGAUAUGUACGUAGACACCCUGCGAGGCCUUACUCGGGGGUUAUAUCGACGUCAAUGAGGAAAUAACGAACUGUUUUUUUUUUUACAGGCUAUCAUCAAGUAGCUAGUCAGCUGUCGUCUACUGAUUUCCAUUUGGUUAACAACACUUUUUUCAGCGGUGAAUUAAUUGACAAACGGUAACCUUACAACGCAUGUCGUCGUUUUGCUAGGACCGGGCAGCAGGAGCCCAAAACCCGACGUUACAUUAGCUCCCUGGCUUCUUCACAAAGAGCAUAUAAAGUUAGUUAGCUAAAUUAACGCUACGUGGUGGUUGCUAACAGCGUAUUUAAUGUUAAGCUACGUAGCUAGCUAAAGGCAACACGGCUAACAUUGGGCAACUUUUUUGAGGUGGUUCAAGAUGCUUGUUGAUUAAGGUUGACGGGAAAUCUCCCUGUUAAUCCAGGCCAUCGUUGUCAGCUAACGUUAGCUACCCGUCUGGAAACACUGGGCUUUGGUAAAGCCAUGGCAGAUGAAAAUACACAGUUCUGUGGCAAUUGCAAACAUGAUAUUCCAGAGGCUAAUUUUACUACCCAUGAGAUCCACUGUCGAAGAAACAUUGCACUAUGUGAUGUAUGCCAGGAGCCAGUGCCACGGUCAGAUCUGCAGGAGCACAAACAGCAGGAGCAUACACAGAUCACAUGCAAGUGCGGUUUGAAGAUUGAAAAAAAUCAUAUUGAUGUGCAUCAGAGCUCUGAAUGUUGUCAGCGGCUGGUCCCGUGCCAAUACUGUGAACUGGAGAUUGUUUUCACUCAGUCCAAAGAACAUGAGGAUUAUUGCGGUACACGCACUGAGCCCUGCUCACACUGCAAGUGCAAUGUAAUGUUGAGGGAACAAGCUUUGCAUCCGGUCUUAUGUGGCAGCCUUACACCGCCCCAAGAGAGGAACAACAGCCGGACAAGUCGCAGUCCAGUAGAACCACAGGCUCCAGGACCAUGGUUUGAAGCCCACUCCAUCCGAAACCUCCUAAGGGCCCAAGAGAGAGGCCCAAAAAAUAAUAACAUCAGUGCAGCAGAACAACAGGCCUUUCCCCGGCCAUUUGAUCACAGAGUUUAUAACACUUCAAGGGGACCUCAAGGCUCAGGAGACUGGAAGAAUUCUGCCCCGAGAAAUACAUUUAGCCACUUGCUGGGGCAGAGUGAUUUUCUGACUAGCAGCAGCAGCAAUAGUACAUGGCCACCUAGUGAGCUCACACUGGAUGAGGAUUCAUCAGGCCUGGACUACAUGUUGGCUCUCAGCCUGCAGAGUGAUGGAGAAUCAGUGGCUGGAGGUGUAGAGGGCAACCUGUGGAGUGGUAUCUGGGACCACAAGAUUGGAAAAACGUCGAACACCUCUGUAAACUCUCCACUCUCUCCGCCCAACAACAACUACCCAAACUUCACUACAAGCACAAGUGCAGUUCAGGACCAUGAUCAAACAGAUACCAUGCUGCCUUGUGAGUUUUGCGAAGAGCUGUUUCCUGAAGAGGACCUCAUUUUGCAUCAGACUGGGUGCAGCCCCGCCUCCGCCUUUGCGUCUUUCAGCAAGCAGCCCACGUCUCCACCUAAAGAGGACAGGAUGAGCAGGAAUGCUUCAGGGCUGAUGAGCAACCUCCCUGACACACUUGCUUCAAACAUCCCCACUUUCCCUCGGUCAGUCUCCCCUGCCUCCUACAGUCCUCCAGCCAGUCCACUAGAGGGCGAUGUGGUUAUUCCAUGUGAAUUCUGUGGCAUUGCUCUAGAGGAGGCUGUUGUCUUUCACCAUCAGGACAAAUGUGAUAUGCGUCCUCAGACUGCCCAUCCACUGAAUAAUCUAACAAGAACAUCUGUCAAAAAACCACUGAGCCCUGGUAAAGACACCUUUGGCGGGAUGUCUCCAGAUUUUCAAAGGACAGUAAACCACCAAGGUGACUUCUUGGAGGAGGACUUUGGAUUUGACAGAGACACACCACCAGGACAAAACCCAAGGGAAUGGCCGAGAGGCUACAUUGGACUACCAAGUCAAAGGAAGACGUCCAACUGUGAUGCAUCUGUAUCAAACAGACCUCAGUAUGGCAGAGAAGCAGAAGGGGCUCAGUCGUCUUUCUGUGACACUGAGAAGUCUGGUUCUGCAUCUCUAAAGGGAGUACAUCUACCAGAAAAUAAAGAAGGGAGAGGGAACAUAAGGAAUCCAAUGACAAAGUUGCCCAAGAAGCAGAAUGAAGAGCAGCAGGAAGAGUGAGAGCAGGAACAUCUGGAGAAGUAGAAAAACCAAAUCUCCUACCCUGCUUUUCAUUUAUCUUUUUGCACACUUGAAAAUGAAGCAUAUACCUAUCUGAUAAGUGCCUGUGUGAGUAUUAGUAUCUUGCAGUUUAUAUUUUGAUGAAUUUUACUAUUAAUGUCUAAGCAGGUAAUUUGGUUUAUUCAUGCAUAUUCUGCUUUAUUUCAAGAUUUGUUUCAAACGUUUGUAUGUCUAACAUCUAGCCUUAACAGAUAAAUUAUAAAAUGGAAUUUUCGCUUAGUUUUUUGUUUUUUAUUUUAACUGUACAAGUAGUGGCAUGGCUCAUUAAGAACACUGAGAACAUCAAACACAUGACUUUGUCAGUGUGCAUUUGUCUAACUUAAUCUUGACCUUGUUAUUCCAGCCAAGGACAUUUUGUUUUCACCUGUUUGCCAGUUCCUUCCUGAUUUCUGCAACUUUAUGUAACCUAAAGCACUUUGAUAGAUUAUUUUGUUAAAAAGGGCUUGAGGAACAGAUUUGAUCAAUUUAUGCAUCUUUGACCAAGAAAAAAAAUAACUGUAUUAUCGAACACUUGUCUUUUUAUACUGUCGAACUUUUGUCUUUAUUACUCUUCAAUAAUCUUUAGAUUUUUUUUAAGUCAUAACUAUAGAACUAUAUAUGUGGUGUUAUGAUGAGAUGGCUUUUGAAGCAGUGUCUCCUGUCCAGUCUUCUUUUAAGUAGUGUGAAUAGUGUUGUGUGCUGCUCCUCCGAAUAGGAUUUAAGAUUGAUGAGAAGUAUUUUGUGUGUAGCAUAGGGUCCACUUUAGAAAUACAUAUAAAAUAGGCAACCUUGUGCCUCAGAGGUUAAGAGUCUUGAGAACGCCAGAGCAGUUUCCUGAUUAACAUCUAAUCAACAAGCUCAACUAGUGAGGAGGAAAUAAUCAGUGAAAUCACCUGGUGUGGUGUUUGGUUGGAAUUCAGGCACUCAUAGCACAUGGCUCGCUAUUCCUGUUUGAAGAACAACUGUCUUGAUGCUCUUUGUCUUGUGCGGCUAUUAAAUGUUUAAUGAGGACA